AUGGAUUCUGUGGUAGAAGAUGAGAAGAAACACGAUCAGCGUCUUGAAGAAACGAUGAAGAUAUUGGAAGAUGGAGAUGAUCAGUGUCUUCAAAAAAAGAUCAAGAUCAAGAAGCGGCCACCACGGUGCCAUGAUGAUGACGACGACGACGAUGAUGAUGAGGGGGUGUGUGUUCAGGAGAAAAAGAAGCUGAUGAUGAAGAAGAUGAUGGAUAAGGCAAUUUGUCCGUCUCCCCAUGCAACGCCAGAGCUCCCUGUCAUCCUCAGGAAUCGGAUUAAGGCUCUAGGGGGUUCUGAUGUCACUUUUGUAAUCCAGAAGCCUCUCUUCAAGAGUGAUGUGAGACUCAGUCAGAACCGUCUAUCCAUACCCUUGAAUCAGAUACAACAAAGUUUCCUCACACCUGAAGAGAGCGAGAGGUUGAACUCAGGAGGAAACGGAAAAAAAUGUGCAGAUAUGGAAGUGAUGUUGAUUGAGCCCUCCCUUCAUCGAGAAACCAUCAGUCUGAGGAAGUGGAACAUGAAGAAAGCUUCCGGAAAUUUUACCUCAAUGUAUGUGUUGGUGACUAAUUGGAAUUCGGUUGUACGGAGGAAUAGUAUGAGUAAAGAUGAAACGGUGCAGCUAUGGUCUUUUCGAAUCAAGUCCAAGUUGGGUUUCGCUCUUGUAAAGAGAAGACUACAAGAUGAUCCUAGGAAUAGUUCAUUAAGGGGCAUCCUGGAUAGCUGA